AUCUCCCCGAAGGGACUUGGGGCGGCUUACAUGGGGCCUUGCCCGAUACAACAAUAUAAUAACAACAACAAAACAAUAAAACAAAUAUCCCAACAAUAAAAACAUUAGCAUCAAUAAAACAGUCAUUAAAAUCAACAUACAGCAUAAAAUGUUAAAAACAGGAGACUAAUACACAGAUCUAGGCCAAAGUGCAGAAUAUUCCGAAAUGGGGAGAGGUAGUUUUACAGCUAAAAUGGACAAUAAAGUGCAAUGUAAUAAUGCAAUGUAAUAAUAAUGGACAAUAAAGUGCAAUGUAAUAAUGUGAGAUUUUAUACAGCUGUGUGGAAGAGGUCAUAGACACUAAAUAUUUCAAAUUUGGUUUUUUUUUUCGUGUCAGGAGCAACCGGAGUUGCUUCUGGAGUGAGAGAAUUGGCCGUCUGCAAGGACGUUGUCCAGGGGACGCCCGGAUGUUUUGAUGUUUUUACCAUCCUUGUGGGAGGCUUCUCUCAUGUCCCCGCAUGGAGCUGGAGCUGAUAGAGGGAGCUCAUCCACACUCUCCCCAGGUGGGAUUCGAACCUGGCAGCUUUCAGAGAAGUUGCAAUCGCCCAUCAUCAUCUUCACGAUCGGCGGCCCUGGUUGUGGCAAGGGGUCCCAGAGUAUGCGAAUGGCUCAAAAGUACAACUUCACCCACUUGGCUGUUGGAGACCUGCUGCGGGAAGAAGCCAUCAGGCCCACCACCAGAGCCAAAGCUAUCAGGGAUAUCAUGCUGAACGGGGCUCUGGUGCCCUCGGGCUUCAUCAUGGACCUGCUGAUGGACAGACUGCAAAAAGUGGAAAAUGUCAAAGGAUUCAUUGUUGAAAGCUUUCCCCGGGAAAUCAACCAGGCCAAACUGUUUGAGGAACUUGUGGGGCGUCUCCCCAACAUGGUGAUUGUGUUUGACUGCUCCACUGAGACCAUGAUCCAACGGCUGCUAAUCCGAAGCCAGAUGGGUCAAAGGGUGGAUGACCAUGAAAGCAUCAUCCGGCAACGGCUGGAGACCCACUACACACAGUGUGAGCCUAUCGUCGCCCACUACCUCCAGAAGGGAAUACUCCGGAACAUCAUCGGAGAGGAGCCCCCAGAUAUUGUCUUUGACAAGUGCUGCAGUGUUGUCGAUGAUGUGCUAAAGGGAGCAACCUCAAAGGCAUAGCUAUUUAAUUCUACAUCAAAAUAAAGGUUUUAAGUUGCCGGUCUAUUAGGAUGCUUUCCUUAGAAAAGUGUCAGUGCAGAUUUUCACUCCGCACACAUUACUUGGCUUGCAGCUUUGUAAACUUCAGACACCUUUAAAAAGCCAUUUUGAAUGUGCUGGCUCAUGCACAUGUACAGGUGUCAUGCAGAAAGAUAUAUAUGAACGUAUUACACCAUCCUUCAUAGGCAAGGUGUAAAGCAGGCUGGAGGAUACUAAGUCUCUGAUUCACCCAGCAGUAUGAAAGGUCCCCAGCUCAACAGCAUUCUUUUUAAGAGUGGAAAAUGUGAUCUGUGUCAAAUUUCUGUAGUGUGUCUUCAGUAAAUUGUUAAUGUUGUGCUUCUCUGUGUCUGAUCUCUUAUUUGAGGGUCUCCUUCUGUCUUCAGUCUGAAAUGCUUUCCUUCUAGGAUUUUUCCCUGAAUUACAGCAGACACAGCCCUAGAUGCCAACAGACAAGUGGCAGUACAACUUGCACUGGGACACACUUGGAGCAUACAUUCAUGCUUGUCCACAAUAAGUGGGCAUCCUCCUGCCUUACAAAUCUUUGAAGGAAAAACACACAUGAAGCCAGACAGCUUUUUAUAAAUCCAGGGACAAAUGCAUGAGUAUCCAAUAGGAUGCAAAGAAGUAUUUUUUGAACAACAACCCACAUCACCUUUAGCUCAGUCAGGUUCAAGAGCAUCACAUGUUCAUCCCAGCAAGAAGGCAACUUUUAGAGUCAACAACUCAGCAAUGUUUAGGUAGGAAGAACACAAUCACAGUCCUCAAUGUUCAAUUUAUCAGAAAGCAAAAGUAUUGUAUCAAAACACGAACCUGUGUUGCUUAUUAUUGACUCAAUCACAGGGGGCACAGCUUGGAAUAUGAUUUGAAAAGUAGUCUUAUUCAUGACUUUAAAAAAAGGAGCAAAAGGCACGUUUGAUGGUAGUGUUAGAUGUUAGAACUGUUGCACAAGCCAGUAGCAUUUACUCAAUCGUUUUAGAAAUGUUACUUUUCUUUGGGGGCAUUGUUAAAUCGAAUAUUGAGAUUAAUGCAUUGAUAUCGCAUGUAACUUGUUACUAAUCAGUAAUGUGUAACUAUUGCAAAACAACUGAUGAGUGUGCUUUUACUUUUCCAAGAUCUGGGCAUGGCCAUUAAUAAAUGGACUUCAAAGCUGC